AUGCAGAACGAACAGCUAAACGAAUUUACUCCAGCAGAGCAUAUUCAUCAGAUUCGCUCAUAUUUCGAUAUCAUAGACAAUGCAGUUCAAAUUGGUGACACUAAUAGAAAAUAUUCUGACGCAAAGAUUCCAUCACAACCUGGAACUGCUAAAGAUAACACAUGGGUAACAUUCAAUCUCUCACCUCCUGGUGAAAAUAUGUUGGACCUUUACAAUACAUUCAUUACGUAUAAAAUGGAAGGUCAAUUUAUUGUAGAUAAAGAAAUUGGUUCAGGUUCCAAUAAAACAAACCCACCAGGAUUUUGGAUUGGUUUCGAUGACGCUUUCUAUGCAGUUGCUGGAUAUCAAAUCCUUGCAAAUGGUCGUAUCGUAUAUUCUCAAGACAACGCAAGAGAAGAAGCAUAUAUAACUUCAAACUCACAAACUACCGAACAAAUAAAGAAAGUAGAUGUUUUCUCAAAGACUCGACAUGAAGAUGUAUGGAGUCAUUCGGGAACAUGCAGAACAGGACAAAUUGUUAGUGGUCCAAUUACAGCAGGAAAAUCAUUUGAUUUUAAGCUUCGUUUAAGAAUUCCUGUUAGAAGAUUCCUUCCAUUAGAAGCUAUUCGAUUUAUUCCAGCUUUUGCAGGAAACAUUCAGCUUAAAGUAAAGUUCAGUAGCGACGCCUUACAAUGCACAUCUAUAUCUGUAAAUGAUAUCAUUGCUUUCAAUCCAACUCUUAAAGUUGCAUUUGCUUCAGAUUCAAAUCCACCGACAAAUAAAUUUGUUCCAUGGAAUGAACCAUUCACUAUGAUAACGAAGGCAGUAGAAGCUAGUGGAACAGUUACUAUUACAACUGUAACCCAGCAACUAUUUCGAACAAAGAUGGAUUUUAAUGAAUGUUUCAUUCAUCCAAAGUCAUUCUCUUUAGACCCUAACAUUUAUACAGAACUUGUAGAACAUUAUACAAACGAGGCUUUAUGUUUUCCUGUUAAAGUUAUGGAUUGGAUUCCUAUGGACGGUUCAUUCUCAAAGAAUACAGAUAGUUCAAGUGCAACAUUUACAGCAGCUUAUACGCCUAUUAAUGUUAAAAGUAUUUGGGCACUAUUUAGAAAGAAAGACAACUAUUAUGUUAAUUUUGAGAACCCUAAGUUUAAAUAUCUUCAGCUUUCCAUGGGAGCUUAUGGAAAUAUGCCUGCAGAACCUGAAAAAUCAUAUGGACCU